AUUUUUGCAUUUUCAACAAAAUUAUUUUUAAUUGAAAUAUGUUUGAAACUUUUUGACAAAAAAUAAUGGAAUUAGAAAAAAAUUAUUAUCAUCAUUGAAGCUAAAUUAUUAAUUAAGGGUGUUCUGCAGAUUUUUAUGGUAUUGAUUACUAUUUCAUUUUGUAUUGCUGAUGAAAUGAAUGUCAAGAACAAAAUGAGGUCAUUAGUGUACAUAACAAAACAUUCUAACAACGCAAAUAAGGUGUUAUAUGUUUAUAACAAAAAUACUUUUCGAGCACAUCAUUUUUGUAAACAAAAGGACGAAAAAUUAAAAAUUAACUUCAGAAGUAUAAUGGAAAAUAAUGUAAAAAAAUUCCAAUUAUGGGAUGUUGCAGAAAUAUUUAAUUCUUCCCCAGAUAAUAGUUAUGCAGUUAUUGUACUUAACAGGCCUAUUGAAUGUGAAUCGAAUUUUGUAAGAAAUUUAUGGAAAAAAGCACAAGUUAGAAUCACUGUUGAUGCUGGAACUGAUAGAUGGUUAACAUUUCUUGGAGAUGAUAAAGAUAAAGUAUUAAAUGGACUUCAUAAGGAAUAUUUACCAGAUAUUGUUACUGGCGAUAUGGAUAGUGUACGUGAAGACACACUUAAAAUAUUAGAAUCUCUAGGAGUUAAAAUCAUUUGUACCAUAGAUCAAGAUGAAACAGAUUAUACUAAAUCAUUGAGAAAACUUAAUGUCUACUGCAAAGAAAAAAAUCUCAAAAUAAAGUGCGUAUAUGUAUUUAACGAAGUAAGUGGAAGAAUGGACCAAAUAAUUGCUGGAAUUAAUACUCUUCAUAAAAGCCAAAAAAUUUUACCUAACAUUCCGGUCAUACAGAUAGCAAAAGGUUCGCUCACAUGGUUAUUGCAACCAGGUGAGCAUAAAAUAAUGAUACCGAAUAUUUUAAGAAAUAGCAAAACAUGGUGUAGUCUUUUACCCGUUGGCUUUCCGGCAAAGAGUGUUUCAACAACUGGCUUAAAAUGGAAUUUAGAUAAUAAUUGUUUGGAAGUAGGUGGUUUAGUCAGUUCAUCCAACACAUAUUCUGAUGAACCUUGUGUAACGAUAAAUAUAGACACUCCAAUAAUAUGGUCAAUGGGCAUCAAACCAUUAUUAAAUAAUAAUAAAAGAUAGCGAAAAUGAAAUUAAAACAAUAUAUGAAAUAUGCACAAAAAUUAUUUCUAUAGAAAAAUGUUAAAAUUAAUGAAUUUUAGUAAUACGAAUGACACAUAGUCCAAUGUAAAGAAUGCUGCACCUACCUCAAAAAUAGUCAUUAAAAUUUUUACACUUAUUGUUAUAUUAAUGAAAUUAUAUAUAUAUAUAUAAAUAUAUGCUUCCAAUGAUCAUGUGUACCUUACCUUUCGGUAAAGAAAAAUUAUUAAAUGUUAGUAAAUUUAUUUUAUUGUUAAAAACUCGAAAGCUUAUCUAAAUUUUUAUAGAAUUUUCAUGAUCUGAAUUAUUUUAUUUAUGUGAAUAAAACCAAAUUUUAAUAAUU